AUGGCCGCCGUCACUGGCAGUGUCACCACCGUCCAGAGCAUCGCGCAGUUCGACGACGCCGUCGCACGUGACUCCACGCUCUCGGUCACGUAUUUCUACGCCGAAUUCCACGACGCCUGUCGUCCAAACGGCCAGCUCGAUGUGGUCCUGCGCCAGCUCGCGACGUUGUACCCACGCGUCCGUUUCCUCAAAGUCGCUGCUGAAGAGCUCCCGGCCCUUUCGGACCGCUUUCUGGUCGCGGUUGUACCCACUUUUGUCAUUGCGCAGGGCCCCGUGGUACUCGAGAAACUCGAGGGUACAAACGUCGCCGUGCUCGCUAAACGUGUGGACGUGCUGAACUCACGUGUGGUCCACACCACACCCACUUCAACUUCAGCAGCCAAUGAGACGCCGUCAAAACCACUGGAUGAGGCGCGACAGGAUCGACUGACGAAACUCCUGGAUGCCGCGCCGGUGAUGCUGUUUCUAAAGGGCACGCCCAGCGAGCCCAAGUGUGACGCUAGUCGAGAUGUUGUCGCCCUACUGAAUGAAGCGGAGAUUGCGUUCAGUACGUUUGACGUGCUCCAGGACCAAGACGUGCAAGAAGGACUAGCGCUCGUGAGCAAGUCGUCGACGUUCCCGCAGCUUUAUGUGAACAGCUCGUUCGUUGGGGGGCUCGAGGAGCUCAAGGAGAUCAAGGCCAAAGGAUCGAUUGCCGACCACAUUGGCGUGACGAAGAAACUGGAGCCAACCGAUGCAGCGUUCCAAGCGAGUCUGCGUGCUUUGGUGAACUCGGCCCCGGUGUUGCUGUUUAUGAAGGGCACGCCGUCGGACCCCAAGUGUGGCUUUAGCAAAAAGACGGUCCAGCUCCUGCGUGACCACGAGAUCGCGUUUAGUUAUUUUGAUAUCUUGAGUGACGCACAAGUGCGGCAGGGGCUCAAGCAGUUUGCCAACUGGCCGACGUAUCCGCAGCUCUAUGUCAAGGGCAAACUGGUUGGCGGGUUGGACAUUUUGAACGAGAUGGCAGAGGACGGCGAUCUGAGUGAGCAGCUGGGCGUGGAGAAGAAGGCCAAGAAGGAGAAUAAGUACGAGCAGCUGAUCAACCGGGCGCGUGUCAUGAUCUUUAUCAAGGGAACACCCCAGCAACCGCAGUGCGGGUUUAGCCGCAAGCUUGUGGACAUUCUGGACAGCGAAGGGUUCAAGUACGACUCGUUUGACAUCCUCAUGGACGACAGUGUGCGUCAGGGACUAAAGAAGUACUCGAACUGGCCGACGUUCCCGCAGCUAUACGUGAAGGGCGAGCUCGUUGGCGGACUUGAUAUUGUGCAGCAGAUGCAGGAAGACGGUGAACUUGCGGAGCUCAAAGAGUAG